UUUCAAACCAUCCUGCCAUUUGGUUGAGCAGAACGUUCAGGAAGCCUACUCAAUUAUCCUUUUCCUUUUGCCUCCAUAAAACAUAAUAGAAGACCAGACCGAAUUCUGGGGAAUUCGUUCUGGGCUAAGAUCAUUUACUCUUUAUGUUACAGCGGUGCUGGGAAAGUAUAGUAUCAGUCAAUUCAGUACUUGCAGCUAUUGCCUGUGUUCAAAGAAAACCAUUCUUGGCUUAAGCUUACAUACUGAUUCUGCUGAUUCUGUGCUGGCAGAAUUGCUAUCAAUGUACAGUCAGUUUCUUAAACCAUGGUGAUUCAUUAAACAGUUACAGCAAUUUUUCUAGGGCGGGCAUCUGCAUGUUUAUACUUGGAGGAAGAACCACUACACUUCUCAGUUUUAUAGGUGUAUAAUUGUUUAUAAGCUAAGGCUUCAUACAUAAUCUGAUCUGGGGUCUAACUAUGGCUUCUGAUCUCAAAGGAAUGGUUGUUGUGAUUAUGGGUGUCAGUGGUGCUGGGAAAUCCCCAAUGUGCCAUCCAGAUUUCAAAUCAUUGGAAUUUGCCAGUUCAUUAAUCUCCAUGGUGCUUGUUGAUGAAUGCACUAUAGGUGAGUUGCUGGCAAAAACUAUGAAUUGCAGUUUUCAUGAUGCUGAUGAUUAUCAUCCACUAUCAAAUAAAGAAAAGAUGCAGAAAGGAAUCCCUCUUUCAGAUGAAGACAGGAUUCCUUGGCUUGAAACAUUAGGGAAUACCUUACGUGAGAGUUUAGUCAGUGAAAAAAUUGUGAUUCUCGCAUGUUCUGCUCUUCAGAGGCGAUACAGGGACAUUCUCAGAUCUGUGGACCCAAAUUAUGAGGCGGGAAGCCUUGCCAGUGUGGUAAAGUUUGUUUUGCUGGAUGCUGGGAGUGAGGUGCUCGCUGCUCGUUUAGAGAAAAGAGCUGCAGAAGGCAAGCAUUUCAUGCCGGCUGAGCUUUUGCAAUCUCAGUUAGACUUGCUUCAGAUAGAUGAAUCCGAAGGAAUAUUAAAGGUAGAUGCCACUCUCAGUCCACAAACUAUUGUAAGUAUCAUACACACAUGGAUAUUGUAAGAAUCUGUAACAGUCUCUCCCACAAUCCAUGGGGUCUUGGCUUUGUUCAGCAUCUGAUCCGAAAGUAUUUCCAGGAAUGAUUAUUUUACACUGUCACCAUUAUAUUUAGGGAACAAGAUGAUUAAAGUCUUGCACCAAACAUAUGAUGCAUGACAGGAGAUUUUAUGAUUGUUGGAAUUUCUUUCAGAUUAUGGAACGUGACGGUUGUAUAGGGAUGUUUGAUAA